UUAAACAGUUUCAAAUAAAUUUUAGAAGUGGAAUACGAGGUGAGCCGAAUUCGAAGCCUUUGGACCCGUUUUGUUUCUCUAUUAUUCUCCUUCUUCUUCUACUUCCUCCCCUUUCUCCAGCUUUUUACUUUUCUCUCGGUUUCAGAAAGGUAGCAAAAUGGCUGACGGUGAAGACAUUCAACCUCUUGUCUGCGACAAUGGAACCGGAAUGGUUAAGGCUGGUUUUGCUGGUGAUGAUGCACCACGAGCCGUGUUUCCCAGCAUCGUGGGUCGUCCACGUCACACCGGAGUGAUGGUUGGUAUGGGACAAAAGGAUGCUUACGUUGGCGACGAAGCUCAAUCCAAACGUGGUAUUUUAACUCUCAAGUAUCCUAUUGAGCACGGUAUUGUCAACAACUGGGACGACAUGGAGAAGAUUUGGCAUCACACUUUCUACAACGAGCUUCGUGUUGCACCUGAGGAGCAUCCUAUUCUACUCACUGAAGCUCCUCUUAACCCGAAAGCUAACCGUGAGAAGAUGACUCAGAUUAUGUUUGAGACUUUCAAUGCUCCCGCUAUGUAUGUUGCUAUUCAGGCUGUGCUUUCCCUUUACGCCAGUGGUCGUACAACCGGCAUCGUGCUCGACUCUGGAGAUGGCGUGAGCCACACGGUUCCUAUCUACGAGGGUUAUGCACUUCCACAUGCCAUCCUACGUCUUGAUCUCGCGGGACGUGACCUCACGGACGCGUUUAUGAAGAUCCUAACCGAGCGUGGCUACUCUUUCACCACCACAGCAGAGCGUGAAAUCGUUAGAGACAUAAAGGAGAAGCUCUGCUACAUCGCUCUUGACUACGAGCAGGAGCUAGAGACUUCCAAAACUAGCUCAUCUGUUGAGAAGAACUACGAGAUGCCUGAUGGACAAGUGAUCACCAUCGGUGCUGAACGGUUCCGUUGUCCUGAGGUUCUUUACCAACCGUCUAUGAUUGGUAUGGAGAAUCCAGGUAUCCAUGAAACAACCUAUAACUCCAUAAUGAAGUGUGAUGUCGAUAUCAGAAAGGACUUGUAUGGUAACAUUGUGCUUAGUGGUGGAACCACAAUGUUCCCUGGGAUUGCUGAUAGAAUGAGUAAGGAGAUCACUGCUUUGGCUCCAAGCAGCAUGAAGAUCAAAGUUGUUGCUCCUCCUGAGAGGAAAUACUCUGUCUGGAUUGGAGGGUCCAUCUUGGCCUCACUCAGUACCUUCCAGCAGAUGUGGAUCGCAAAGGCAGAGUAUGAUGAGUCAGGCCCAUCCAUUGUUCACAGGAAGUGCUUCUAAGUUCAAAGUUCAUCAUUUUUUCUGAAAAUAAGUGUUAUGCUGCUCUUUGUUUUUUUUUUGUUCUUUUAUAUUUUGAAACUUCGGCCAAAGACAUUUUCAAGGAUUUAUUUUCUUAUUCUUAUUUAGUUUCAACUGUCUUUUUAAGUGAAUAAUAAUAUCUCUUUCUCUUUGAUUA